AUGGUCAAAUUUUACCCGUCUCUCAACGAGAAACAUAUUGAGUUCAUCUCUAGCCAAUCUAUAUUCUUUGUGGCUAGCGCUCCAUGGUCUGGAGACCACAUCAACAUCUCGCCAAAAGGCCACCCAUCAAGAACCUUUUCCAUUCUCGGCCCGAACACAGUGGCCUAUCUGGAUGCAACUGGUAACGGCUGUGAAACCAUCUCUCACGUCUACGAAAAUGGCCGAGUUACCGUAAUGUUCUCUUCUUUUGGACCCUCGCCACAGAUUAUGCGGCUGUUCUGCAAAGGAAGAGUAGUCGAAAAGUGGGAUCCGUACUACGGCCAGUUGCGAGCGAAGAUGGCGUCAGAGAACGGUGAUGAAGUCGACAUUACCGGUGCGCGAGCCAUCAUCGUAUUGAAAAUCCACAAAGUCCAGACCAGUUGCGGGUUCGGAGUCCCUCAAAUCGGCAGCGGAAAGGCCGCAAGCACGGGAGAAGCAGCGGGCGAUGCAAUCACCUACGUGGACCACGACCAUGACAAGGAAGAAGAGGGCGGUUUCAAGCAGCGGGAUACCAUGGAUAACUGGGCGCGCAAGACGCUAGAGAAGCAAGAACUCGCCGAUUACCAGAAACAGCACAAUUAUCGAUCGCUCGAUGGUCUGCCGGGCAUGAUGAGCGCCCGACGAUCUCAUGAUGAGAACAUUGCUUUGGAGGAUACGAAAGCGUGGUUCAGAAAGGUCAGUAGGCAGCAAGAUGCUGUGGCUCUGGGUGUAGGCUUGGGCGUUGUACUAAUGCUGCUGUUGAGUCUUGUGGGCGUACUCAGCAUCAAGCCGAUAUUCUUGCAACACAUACUCAAUGCGCAACGAAGGCAGUUGGGCUUACCGGAGGAUUACUCGUGGAAGAGCGAGCUUUGA